UUUCCAUAGAUCAGCUAACAGGGGCAAUAUAGUACCUUGACCAGAUAGAACAGAACAGCACAUUCCUUGGAAAGAACUGGGCUUCAUCAGACAAACAUAAUUACGUCAUUUAAAAAUUCGUUAAGACUUUUCCAUUGCUCGCCGAAUUAAUUCCACGAUUGCAGAUUAUCAAAUGGUAGCUCCUUUUUCCAAUUUUAUGGGGGAAAUUCUAGGGUUUCCUGGUGCAACUUAGCUCAAUCAAUCCAGAAGCUUCAACGAAGAUUCUGGUUUUGUGUCACUUGGGCCAACCAAAGUAACCAAAAGGGUAAAUAAGAAAAAAGAAAAAGAAAAAAAAGGGGGCAAGUCGUAAGCAAAUCGAGGAACUUGAAAUUCGAGUUUUCCCCAACAUUUUUUUCGGGUUUUGAAUUCUUACAGAUCAUCUCUGCACUUCUGCUUCCUGUUUCUGCGAGGUUUUGUGGUUUGUAUGUAUUGAAAUACGAGUGGGUUUGCUGGGGUUACCUUAUUUGUCGAAACAAAGGGAGUUGAGGGCUUCUGUGGUAAUUACACGGUGGAGAAUAGGAUCUUAUCACUAAAAUCACCAUAUGUAUAAAUAGUUAUGAGAUUUGUUUCUGUACCCUGUGUUACGGGUGUUUUUAUCUUCAUCAAACUGGUGAAAGCAAAUCUUCGAGUCCACAAUGUUAUCUAAAUAUGUUUCUAGACUUGUUAAUGCAUGCCGGCAAGGAUCCCAGAGAUCAACAUUCUCACAAGUUGUGCUGCAAGAGUUAGUGGAAAUCCCUAUCAGCCAAACAAAAUUAUUGUUUGGUGGAGCAUCUGAAGUAAUCACUGACCUGCAGGGUCUUGUACGGCCGGGCACUGUUGCUGCUGCCCAAGCAAAUUUGCAUGUAGCCAACCGUCGAAAGAAUAUAUCAUUAGCCGAAGUGUUUUCUCGGGCAAUCUCUGUUCCAUCUGUGUCUGGACCUUCAUUUCAAGUUUGUGGUUAUCACGUUGAUCGGUUGUUAUCAGAGCUUACUGAAGUUUCUGUGCCCCACGUGCCUCAAUCCAUGGCUGUUUGUAGUUCUAGACUCGGUUUUUCUUAUGGCAGCAGAACAAGUAAGCACAUUCAGCCUUCCAUUGUGGCAAAGAAUUCUCUUCCUUCCAGCAGCAGCAGGAGUAUUGAGAAUUGUCGGAAUGCUAGCAUGAGUUCACGAAACAAAGAGCAGCCCAACAAAUUCUUGGUUUAUGGAUAUUACAUUUACAAUGUUGCUAAGAGGAAAGGUAAUUCUCCUUUCCAUGAAUUUGGGCUGAGAGUUUUCCACACUUCAUCUCCAUCAUGUUCAUCGGCCGGUACUGCUCCUGAUGUAUCAUUUGAUAGCUCUAUCCGUGAGGAGAAUCUUUCCAGCUCUGCCAAUUCAUCAACAGAGACGAUUCCCAUGCACAGAGCUCUGAAGCUGAACUCUGGAUCAUGUUAUUUGCCUCAUCCUGAUAAAGAAGAGACUGGUGGAGAAGAUGCCCAUUUCAUUUGUUUAGAUCAACAAGCAAUUGGUGUUGCUGACGGUGUUGGUGGAUGGGCAGAUCUAGGAAUUGAUGCUGGACAGUAUGCUCGUGAACUUAUGUCCAAUUCAGUGACAGCUAUUCAAGAUGAACCUAAAGGUUCUGUUGACCCUGCAAGGGUACUGGAGAAAGCUUAUGUCAGCACGAAAGCCAAAGGGUCCUCUACUGCUUGUAUUGUUGCUCUUACGGACCAGCAGGGUCUGCACGCUGUUAAUCUUGGGGACAGCGGAUUUAUGGUCGUUAGGGAUGGUUGCACAGUUUUCAGAUCUCCUGUCCAGCAACAUGAUUUCAAUUUUACAUAUCAGCUGGAAAGUGGCAAUGCUGGUGAUUUGCCUAGCUCUGGACAGGUCUUCACAAUUCCUGUUGCUCCUGGUGAUGUUAUAGUAGCUGGUACUGAUGGUCUUUUCGAUAAUUUGUAUAAUAAUGACAUCACGGCUGUGGUAGUGCAUGCCGUGAGAGCUGGAUUUGGACCCCAGGUGACUGCUCAGAAGAUAGCAGCAUUGGCUCGACAACGAGCUCAGGAUAAAAAUAGACAGACUCCCUUCUCUGCUGCUGCACAAGAUGCCGGUUUCCGCUAUUAUGGUGGAAAGCUUGAUGACAUCACUGUGGUGGUUUCAUACAUAACUAGUGACAACAAUGUAUGUAUCGACUACUUAUAUACAUCUUGCACUAUUGAAAAGUCAUGGACUUCACCGAAUCACACAUGCAUGAGUUGGUGAUAGCCGCUGGGAUUAUUAUAAAUUUUUAGGCAUUUGAGAUUUCUGAUGAAACUACCUAUUUACCAUGCAGGAAAAGGUUUCACAAGGUGGAUCUGGUUAGAGAUCUGUGGUACGAUGUGCAGCUUGCCGAUAAAUUGCAAUAUUCGUGGCCGUGUUGGUGCAGCAAAUCAUUACAGUAUCUAUAGUUUAGACUUUAGAUUUGAUCUAAGCAUUUUUUUUAAUCGUUUUCUGAUAAUGGUUGCUACCUUUACAUCAUCUGGUUUUGUACAUAAUAAUUUUGAGAUGUAUUUUCUAUACAAGAGAAGAAACUUUUUGGACCUGUAAACUCUUGUUGUGUAAAAGGACUUGUGUAAAAGGACCUGUAAACUUUUUAGAGAGACUUAAUGGAGACUGCAUGCAAGUUUGUUUUUGCUCUAUGAACAAAAGAAACAAAUAAAUUGUAGAUCUUUGCAUCUUUUUCCUUUGUUUUUGCUCUAUGAACAAA